CCAAAUUAAAUUAGGCCCAAAUUCCAAUCAGAAAUCCCAAAUUAGGCCCACAGUAACUCGUCUCUCAACUCUCAUCUCUCAUCUCUCAUCUCUCAGUCGUCUCAGUUACGCUGCAGCUCGUCCGUCGUCUCUUAAUUCUCAGGCCAGCCGCUGCUCAGUCCUCGCAGAUCGCAGUCGCAACCGCAAGCCGCUUGGCCACUGUUCAGUGCGGUAAGAUUCCGACGGUGGCCCUCUAGAUCGACGGUGAGGUUUCGCCAUUCCGGUUUGUUGUAAUUCAUAGGGUAAAGUUUAAAUUGAGUGAAGAAUUUUUGGGGGAAAAAAUGGAUAAGGAGAAAGUGGAGCAAUUGAAGAUUCUAACGCAGCAAUGGUUAAAUGAAGCUGAAGAAUUCAUCAAUCAUAUACCUCCUGUUCAACUGUAUACUGCUGUUGGAGUUGUAUUAUCCACUCUCAUUUUGUUGUUAAUCAUUCGCUUGUUCAAGCGUACAACAUCUAACACCAUUGUACUCACUGGGCUUAGUGGAAGCGGCAAAACAUAUCUUUUUUACCAGCUUAGAGAUGGUUCAGCCCAUCAGGGUACCGUGACGUCAAUGGAACCAAAUGAAGGCAGUUUUAUACUACACUCUGAGGAAGACAAGAAAGGAAAAUUGAAGCCUGUUCACAUUGUUGAUGUCCCUGGGCACUCUCGUCUAAGGCCAAAACUAGAUGAGUUCCUGCCUCAAGCAGCUGGCGUUGUGUUUGUGGUGGAUUCUGUGGAAUUUUUACCAAACUGCCGUCCUGCUUCAGAGUACUUGUAUGAGAUCUUAACAAAGGCAAGUGUGGUCAAGAAAAAAGUUCCAGUACUCCUCCUUUGCAACAAGGUUGACAAAGUAACUGCACAUACAGCAGAAUUCAUCAGAAAACAGCUGGAGAAAGAAAUCGACAAGCUUCGUACAUCAAGAACUGCCGUAUCUGAUGCAGAUAUCUCUAAUGAAUAUACGCUUGGUGUGCCUGGAGAACCAUUUACUUUUUCUCAAUGCCAUAACAGAGUAGUUGUUGCUGAAGCUUCUGGUCUGACCGGUGAAAUUUCUCAGCUGGAGAAGUUCAUUAGGGAGAAUGUGAAACCUUGAUUAUGGUAUUUCAAGCAAACAGGGACCCCUUUUUAUUUCUUUUCUUCUCUUUUAUUUUUGGUCCGAAAAACUGAAAAUACUAUCAGAAAGACGGAGAAAAAACAUGCAACUUGGAAAACAUAUUCAAAGUAGGGAUAGGAAUUUGAAGAGUUUUCUUUAUGUUCUAUUGGCAAUCCCCACCUAAACAUUA